AUGGCUUCCUUUCUCCCUGUCAACAACUCGGCCCCUGAAGACCACGCGAUGGACGGAGCAGCUACACCUCGUGCGAUCUCAAAUAGCGUGCCGGUCACACCGGACGUUUCUUCGACGGAGCAGUUCCCGGACGGAGUUUCACACCGCAGCCGCGGUAGCGACACUUCAUCCCGCACAACCUUAACCCACGCUCGAACACCGUCAACGUCUGACGAACCAAUGCACGAUUCCGAGGGAGAACAGGACGAUUCCGAUCAUGAUCAAAAUCCGGGGAGUAACGGACCCCCCUCGAAAAAGAAGAAAGGCCAACGGUUUUUCUGCACCUCUUUCCCUCCUUGCAAUCUGAGCUUCACCCGGAGCGAACAUUUGGCCCGCCAUAUUCGAAAACACACUGGUGAACGUCCCUUCCAGUGCCACUGCUCUCGGCGGUUUUCCCGACUCGACAACCUCCGCCAGCAUGCUCAAACGGUCCAUGUCAAUGAGGAAAUCCCCGGAGAUUCGCUAGCGGCCACGGGCACACGGUUCCAGCGUCAGGUCCGGACAGAUCGACAGGAACUUGUCAAGUUCGAGUAUUGCGUCCACCGCUUCGACAUUCAGCCAACCUCCGGAACUUCGGCGACGCCCCCUCCUCUGAUCAUGGCCAACGACCCCGCAGCUCGAUCCCGACUGGCGAUGGAUUCGAUGGGAGAACCUCCGAGCACACCCCCAGGCCAAAUCCGUGGCGUCCCUGGUCCCUCGACAGCUGGAUCACCGUACACCCCCUCCAAUAUGUUCGCUGUCACUGGGGGAAGUCCCCAAUUUGCGUCGCCCAUGUCUGGCACAGCCCAUGGGUUCUGGGAAGGCAAGACGGCCGCCCGUCGUCUUUCAGUCCCAACGAGUAGCAACCCUUUCCUUGGACAGCAUGGCAAUGCGUAUCCCCCGGCAUACCACACCCCCGCCGGCGCACCUUAUCCGAACGCCGCUGGCGUAUUUGCAAGUCCUACUAGCACACAUUACUCUGCAUCUCGUGAUGAGGGCACCUUGAGCGCGGCUGAGGCGGAGAUGCGGAGAAGAACGUGGCACCCUUCUUCCUACACAGGGUUUCCACGUCCUGCGACUAGUGGCCUGAACCAAUACCAUACGCCCGACAAUGUCCCGGCCUCAUUCGGCGUGAACGGUUCGAGCGAGCAGCCGCCCCGACUCCCCGGAAUUGAAAGUUUCGACAAAGUAGUUCAACGGCCGAUAACCCCUCCCACUCGGAAAACCAGCCCAAUGCAGCUUGAUGGCCACCAUCGUCCACCUAAUCACGGUUUUGGAUCUGGGUUCAAUUACACACAGCCAGCCCACCGUCCACCGCCCCCCAUCUCCGGCCCCGGUCACCGACGAGGCCAUGUAUCCUGGGAUAUGUCUUUGCAUCAUAACUUAACCGGACUGGAUAUCCGAGACCGACGUCCAUCCACUGCGUCCGCUACUCAAUGGAGUCAACAAACGCUCGCGGAACUCCAAAAUGUCUCUUCCCGGCCAUCGUCAUCUUACCAGCCUGCAUUCGGCCCAAUGGCCGAGAGAAGUCCUGAAGAGUAUCGGGGACAUCGCCCAAGCCUUUCAACUGGGAGCCGCACGCGAACUUCCCCCGAGGAUUCCAGUAGCAGUGAGGGUGUCCAUACCCCAUCCACCGCAUCGCUUGAAUAUCAUCCCGCGAUUGUGCACAGCAGCGGAUAUAUCGAAUCUCAUGAUUCCUCACUGCCUUCCGAUCACCCUCCACCGAUAUGUGGCCGCCAGUCCUCCCACGCGGACGGCUACGAAUCCCAUAACGACCGGGAGCCUAGGCCCGACGUCUUCUCGGACUCUCCUGCCCGACACUCGGGCAUGGGUCGCCUAGAGGCUCUUGUGGCCGUUGCCACAAGUGAGAACAAAGGAGCAGCCAAGCUAUUUCUGUAA